AUGUGGGAUCGUUAUUGGACUCUAGAAAAUACUGGAACAGAGGAAUUCACAGGACCAUUACCGAAUGAACAACAAUUGGUCAACAACCAAGUCCUCGAAAACUUCAGAAACACCAUUCAACAUCGAGAAGAUGGUUAUUACGUAAGGCUUUCUUGGAAGGAAAAUUUUCCCAAAUUGCCAGACAACAAAGUGAUAGCGGUGAAGAGACUCCACAAAGUGCUUGAAAUGUACUCCGAAGAUACCGAUACUUUGCAAGAUUACGACAACAUCUUCAAAGAACAGGCUGCAAAAGGACUAAUCGAGGAAGUAUCCGAGCAAGAUGUUUCCAGCACUAGCAUCGUACACUAUCUUCCACACCAAGCAGUAUUUACUCUUCGACGCUUCAGUCACUACAAUGAUCAACCAUCACUAAAUGACGUCUUACACCAAGACCCACUGCUUUUGCCGGAUAUGGUAGGCAUACUGCUACGUUUUCGGGUUCCUGACAUCGCUGUGAUCUCGGACGUUGAAAAGUCCUUUUUGCAAGUGAGACUACAGGAAGCUGAUAGAGAUGCGACUCGAUGCAUGUGG